AGCGGAUGUCUACAAAACUACGUGGCCGUCCAGAAAUGGUGAAAACAUAACACAUGAUGGUAGCGGAUUGCACGGGUUUAACAUGACAGCGCGGCACCACUGUUUUCUAUAGCAUGCGUCAGUUGCAGCCCAAACGUAGUGCUUUGCUGCAGGUCAUGGCUAGGCAUCCAGAAUUGGUCAGCCUUGUAUUUGCUUUCGUGUUUGCUAUUCUGGCAAACCGUACAUCGCCGAGUCAGAGCACUGAAUACCCAGCAUUACAACCAAAAGUAAUAUUCCCAGCAUACUCGCCUGUGAAAGAUUACAUUUAUGGUAGCAUGCAGAUGGUAAGACAACAUAUCCAGAAUUCCAGUACUGAAGUGUAUUUUAUUAUGUACUAUGCACACUGGGACGGCGAAUCGUUAGAAACAGCCACAGAAUUUGAACAGGCAGCUUAUUUGUUACAAGGACAGGUCACGUUUCUUGCUGUAAAUUGUUGGUUCCCGUCAGGAUCAUGUAGAAAAAGUGUUCCACUGAAAUACUUCCCCAUGUUAAUGGCAUACAACAGCAACUUUGAAGGAAUUCAAUAUCAUGGUAUAUUAAAGACUACAUAUAUGGUGGACUUUUUAGAAAGAAUUUGCAGUCCAGUGAGCUAUGUGCCGAAUGAUAUAGAGCUAGGAAAGUUUGUUGCACAAACUGAGAGUACGGUACUUGGUCAUUUCGAUUUUAGCCACUCCCUUCAACCGUCUGGAUACUUGACGUAUUACCAAGCAGCCUUAUUGUCCUUGGAAAAGAAUCCAAUUCAGCCGAUGCCAUUUGGUGUGAUAACAAGCUCUAAGCUGGCUAGUUCUUUUGGAAUUGUUAUGCCCAGAACGGUGUACAUGACGAGGGUAAUGAAUAAUACGGUGGUGUAUCCACGGAGUUCUAAUUUUACAGCCACUUCCAUUGUGCAGUGGGCGCACCAGUAUAGGGAAGAGCUAGUACCUUGGAUUGUACCUAAUCCUAUGAAGAGCCUCAGGUUAUCGAAACAGGUCAAAAAGAAACCGUUUGUUUUACUUCUGACCUCGGACGAUCCAAGUGAUCAUUUCAAAAGAAAUUAUCAACAGCUACGAGAGGUAGCAAUGGAUUACUACAACUGCAAUGGUAGCAGUAAAAUACAGACAACUGUGGAGAUAUUAACAGCAAUACAACUACAAGAAGAGCAAAUCGAAAAUGUGUGCUGUAACCUGAGUGAUAGUAGUCAUAGAAACUUGAAUAACAAUGAUGCGAGGUUCAGAUAUGUUGAAUCUGAAAACGAGAGAAUUUGCUUAGAUAAUGCUGAAGAACCAUCAUGCAGUAGUCAUGACAAUUCUGAUAAUCGUGGUGCAUUCCAUCUCCCGUCUUCUGAUGUUUCUCCUCCGAAGUAUAAUGCUUCAUACAUUGCCGCAAUUGAAGAAAUGAAAUCUGCAAUGCAGUUCACUGGCCUUGGUUGCCAUACUAACAGGAGCGUCAACUUUUUUGCUUUAAACUGGGAUGAGUAUGGAAUAAUUGCAAAGCGACUAGGAAUUGAGCCAGAAAGUAAAAGACCGACUCUGGCUUUGUUGGAUUUGGAGAAUGAAGUAGAAUACAUCAUGGAGUCUACCUACAAUGUCAGUAAUAUGGUGAACUUCUUGAAGAGCUAUACAGUGAGUGACCUGAUAAGACAGUUGAAAUCGACCCCAGUCACCAGCAAAGAACAAGUUUGUAAGGACAAUAAUGUGGUGUGUGUAACCGAGGUUACCUCGGCAACAUUCCAUGAGAUUGUACUUAAUGUAGAAAAGGAUGUAUUACUAUUAUAUUAUACCCCAUGGUGUGGGUUUUGUAACAGUCUGUAUCAGACUUAUCUAGAUAUCACCAAAGUCUUCCAAUCAUCACAGAAUCUAACAAUUGCAAGGAUAAAUGCUGAUGCAAAUGACCUUCCAUGGGAGUACACCGUGCCGACAUAUCCGUCGCUACUCUUCUACCCAGCGGGUCACAAAUCAUGGAAUGCCAAGUUUCCAGACGAUGAGGAUAUAUCAUUAGAAAAUCUUGUACUUUUCAUCUUAGACAAUGCAGUGCGUCCUCUGGAGUUUUAACGGGCCAGUCAACAUGAACAGUUUGACAUGCCUUGUUCAUUCAAAUGAAUGACCGACUGUUUACCUAAUGCAAGCUGGUGGAAUGCACAGUGUGAUUUCUUUUCAAGAACUAUAAAUAGGAAAUUUGUUUUCUCAUUUUCUGUGUAUCAUAUUCCAUAGCAUUAUUCCAAUAUUAUCAGUCGCGCAUUCAGGCAAAGAAGCGUUUCUAUGGCAACAUUGAUGGGA